GUGUGAUGCAUGGCACUUAGAUAUUUCUGUUGGUCGUUGUGGAUAAUAGAUAGAUAUUACGAUAGAUAGCACUUAACUACUCAGCAGCAGGUGAAGCUUCAACUUCAUCUUCAUCUUCAUCAGCAGCAGAAGAAAUGGAAGCUGUACUAGCAUCUCGCCAUUUCUCCACUCCUACCCAUUCUUCCUCUCACAACCGAACAGUGUGCUCUUCUUCUCCUUCUCCCAAUUCACUCAAGCUUUCAUCUCCUUGGACCAACGCUUCCAUUUCUUCCAGGAAUUCAUUCACGAAAGAGAUAUGGGGCUGGGUGCAGGCAAAGAGCGUGGCCGUCAGAAGAAGAAGGGACAUGCCCGGAGUGGUGAGGGCUGAGAUGUUCGGACAGUUAACCACUGGCCUUGAAGCUGCUUGGAACAAGCUCAAAGGAGAAGAGGUUUUGACCAAAGAGAAUAUUGUGGAGCCUAUGAGAGAUAUUAGGAGAGCCCUUUUAGAAGCUGAUGUUAGCCUUCCUGUUGUGAGAAGGUUUGUGCAAUCGGUCAGCGAUCAGGCUGUAGGUGUUGGAGUGAUUCGAGGUGUGAAACCAGAUCAGCAAUUGGUUAAGAUUGUACAUGAAGAACUUGUAAAAUUGAUGGGCGGAGAAGUCUCUGAACUGGCUUUUGCAAAGUCUGGGACCACUGUCAUCUUAUUGGCUGGACUCCAGGGAGUUGGGAAGACAACUGUUUGUGCUAAGCUGUCAAAUUAUCUAAAGAAACAGGGGAAGAGUUGCAUGCUAGUCGCUGGGGAUAUUUACAGACCGGCUGCUAUUGACCAGCUUACUAUUUUGGGUAAACAGGUGGGUGUGCCUGUCUAUACAGCAGGGACCGAUGUUAAACCUUCAGAAAUUGCUAGACAAGGUUUAGAAGAGGCCAAAAAGAAGAAAAUUGAUGUGGUUAUUGUUGACACUGCUGGUAGGCUGCAGAUAGACAAAGCUAUGAUGGAUGAGUUAAAAGAAGUUAAGAAGUCAUUGAAUCCAACAGAAGUCUUGCUAGUUGUGGAUGCAAUGACAGGGCAAGAAGCAGCAGCCUUGGUGACUACUUUCAAUCUUGAGAUUGGAAUAACAGGUGCCAUAUUGACAAAGCUAGAUGGUGAUUCAAGAGGUGGAGCAGCUUUGAGUGUCAAAGAGGUAUCUGGGAAGCCAAUUAAGCUGGUAGGACGAGGGGAGCGUAUGGAUGAUCUUGAACCUUUCUACCCUGAUCGAAUGGCAGGACGUAUACUAGGAAUGGGAGAUGUUCUUUCAUUUGUAGAGAAGGCACAAGAAGUUAUGCAACAAGAAGAUGCUGAAAAACUGCAAGAGAAGAUCAUGAGUGCAAAGUUUGACUUUAACGAUUUUCUAAAGCAAACUCGUGCUGUUGCACAAAUGGGUUCUGUGUCUCGUGUUAUGGGAAUGAUUCCUGGUAUGUCGAAGGUUACUCCUGCUCAAAUUCGAGAAGCAGAGAAGAAUUUGAAGAAUAUGGAAGCAAUGAUAGAAGCCAUGACCCCAGAGGAGAGGGAAAAACCAGAACUGUUGGCUGAAUCCCCUGUCAGGAGGAAACGAGUUGCUCAGGAAUCAGGGAAAACAGAGCAGCAGGUAAGCCAAGUUGUAGCUCAACUAUUCCAAAUGCGUGUUCGAAUGAAGAAUCUGAUGGGUGUAAUGCAAGGUGGAUCAAUGCCAACACUUAGUAAUCUUGAAGAAGCACUUAAACCAGAGGAAAAGGCUCCACCUGGCACUGCAAGGAGGAGAAAGAGAUCAGAACAAAGGAGCCUAUUUGCGGACUCAGCAGCAAGGCCAACUCCUCGUGGUUUUGGGAGCAAAUAAUGAAAAUUUCUACAGGUGGUCGACACUCAACAAUAUGACGAAAAAGUUUUGAUCAGCAGGUCAUUUCUCAUUAGUGGUCAAUACUUUUGGUUUAGCUAUAAUUGCUUUCCGUCACUAGAUCAGUUCAUAUAGCAAUGAGCAUUGUCUAGGAGUUUGUUGUAAUUUUGGAAGAAAUUAGUUAUAUUAGCGGGAUGCACAAAUUGAAGAAAUCUGGGUGCCAUUCUUUGUACAAUUUCGAAUUUGUAUAUGAGUAUGGAAUGGAAGUGUAAUGUUACUUAUAGAGACCGUCCAGUAUUUUUCAUUUGGUUUUCUAACUCAUUAGGUUCUUUUUGGCCAUCAAGAGAAAAUGCAUGUUGUUGUGAAAAGAUGGUUUAAGAAUAUACAGUGAAGAUUACAUUGCAUGCAGAAAUGUAUUAGCGACUGGCUCAUCGUGAAUUCUCUGUUUUAUGUUUGUAAUUUUGUAUA